AUGGAGAAGCAAGUGGUGAUCAUUGGAGCAGGGAUAAGUGGUCUUCUGGCCUGUAAAUACGCUAUUAAAAAAGGUUUCAAUCCUAUCGUAUUCGAAGCUGAAGAAAGAAUUGGAGGAGUUUGGCUUCAUACUAUAGAGUCCACAAAACUACAGAACAACAAAGAAACUUACCAAUUCUCUGAUUUCCCAUGGCCUUCAUCAGUAACGGAAACCUUUCCGAAGCACUCACAAGUGAUGGAGUAUCUUGAAUCUUAUGCAAAACAUUUUGAUGUCUUGCCUCGCAUAAGAUUCAACUCCAGAGUCAAUGGUAUAGACUAUGUUGGCGAGUCUUGUGAAGAGAUUGAAUCAUGGGGACUAUGGGGUGGAGCAGGAAAGCCUUUUGGCUCCAAAGGAAGGUGGCAUAUUAGUGUUCAAAACACCAAAACUUGCACUAUUGAGGUGUACCAAGCUGAAUUUGUAAUCCUAUGCAUUGGACAAUUCAGCGGUCUUCCAAACGUACCGGAGUUUCCUCCGAAUCAAGGGCCGGAAGUCUUUAAUGGCAAGGUACUGCAUUCCAUGGAUUACGCUAAGAUGGACAGAAUAAGUGCUGAAAAUUUGAUCAAGAAAAAAAGAGUUGCUAUCAUUGGUUCCCAUAAAUCCGCAGUUGAUAUAGGGACAGAAUGCGCAAAUGCAAAUGGUGUCGAAUACCCUUGCACCAUGAUUCAAAGGACUGCUCAUUGGUUUCUUCCUGAUAACCCUCUGAGUGCACUUGCUAUUGGUUUCUUAUUCUUCAAUCGCUUUGCUGAGUUGAUGGUUCAUAAGCCCGGGGAGACAUUUUUGCUCAGCUUUUUGGCAACCUUGCUUUCACCAUUGAGGUGGGGAAUUUCAAAGCUUAUCGAGAGCUAUCUUCAAUGGAAGUUUCCACUCAAGAAGUAUGGAAUGAUACCUAAAAACAGUUUUCUGGACACUAUCUAUUCAUGUCAAGUUGGAAUGCUGCCAAAGAAAUUCUACGAGAAAGUGGAAGAAGGAGGCAUCAUUCUGAAGAGAGCUCAAAGCUUUAGUUUCUGUCAAGAAGGUUUGGUUGUCAAUGGAGAAGCUCGGCCAUUAGAAACUGAUGUCGUGAUUUUCGCGACAGGAUACAAAGGUGAUGAAAAGCUCAAGAACAUCUUUGAAUCUGCGUUCUUGAAAAAUCUGUUGGACCCUUCAUCCACUUCUACAUUUCCCCUCUACAGACAAGUGAUUCAUCCGCGGAUUCCACGACUGGCUGUAAUAGGAUAUUCAGAGAGUAUGUCAAAUUUGGGAAUGUUUGAAAUCAGAUGCCAAUGGCUAGCACAACUCCUUGACAGCAAGUUUGAAUUGCCUUCCAUAAAAGACAUGGAGAAAGAUGUGAAAAUAUGGGAAACUCACAUCAAAAGAGUUGCAGGAAAGUAUUUCAAGAGAUCAUGUAUCAGCAACACCUACAUAUGGUAUAAUGAUCAACUGUGCAAGGACAUGGGAUGUGAACCCAGAAGAAAAAAAGGAUUUUUCACAGACUUGUUUGUACCAUAUGCACCAACAGAUUAUGCGGGACUCGCUGCUCCUUAG